AUGCCACGCUCGUCGAGCUUCCUGCGGCGCUGGCGGCGGUUGCUCGGCGCUGAUCCAGCCCUUUCCAGCGUCGUGUUGUAUCUCAAUCCGCGUGAGGCUGUGUGUCUGUUAGUAUUCGCGCUGGAUGCGCAGUAUGAGCCGCUGAUGCGCUUCCUGUACGCGCAUCCGCGCCUGCUGUCACUUGGCGACGCAUCGCGUCGCUUCACGAGCGUUCUACACUGCGCCGCGGCCCACGGCUGCAUAGAGGUGGUGCAGCGUCUUCUGCGCUUCCGAUUGAGCCAUCGCACGCUUCUGGACGCGGAAAACUCCGUAAGAGAUGUCGUCUGGAAGCCCACGGACGCCUCUGAUAGGGCCAAAGUGCUGGCUUGGAGCUCGCGCAACGUCCCGUACGAAUUCCCGGCCGAGGUCAUGUACGAGGCGUCAAGACAGGGAGAUCUCGAGGUAGUGCAGUGGCUGGACUGCUGCUGUCAGUACGAGAGGCACAAAGCCAUGGAGCUCGGCGCUUCAGCCGGACGCCUCGAAGUCGUCAUGUGGCUCUUUGACCAGGAGGAAAAACAGGAGAAACAGGACACAGACGUGAGGGUCUACAUGGUUCAGCCACUGGAGCCCAAGCUGCAGGUUCUCAACUGGGUCACAGUGCUACCGAAGCGGAAAUGCUUCCGAGAGGUCUUUGCCUCGAGGACAGGCCUGCUGGCUGAUGCCUACGACCAGCGAGAUCCAUUGCUGCCAUGGGGAGAUGCUGACGCUCUCAGCACUUCCCUUGGACGACGGAAAUACAGAGCUAUUGACACAGCAGCAGCCCAGGGAGACUUGGCCAUGGUCAAGAGGCUCCAUGAGGACGGGAAGUGGCCGUGCACCAGUCUCGCGAUGGACAUGGCCGCGGCAAACGGACACUUGGAUGUGGUCCAGUUCUUGCACGAGAAUCGACGUGAAGGAGGUACCGCUGUCGGCUUGUGCAGCGCUGCAGGCAACGGCCACUUGGAGAUGGUGCAAUGGCUACACCAGAACCGCAGCUGUGACGGCUGUCGCUCGUUGGUGCUGGACUUGGCAGCUACUAACGGACACGUGGACGUGCUGCGUUGGCUAGUGCCUCGUUUCCCGCGGUUCUCGUGUUCGCCUGCGUUUCUACCAAGUGUGGCAGCACAGGGGAACAUCAAAACGCUCCAGUAUGUGCACAAGGACAUGAGGAUGCCUCUGGACCAACGUACACUCGAAGCUGCCAUUGGAUCGGGUCAUCUCGAGCUCGUCAAGUACAUUACGGAUCGGAUUCCAGUGGAACAGAAGCAUACGUUGCCAUCCGCUGCGGCGGAAGAGGCCGCGGCUAGUGGCAACUUGGACGUGUUAGCUUUCGUCGUGGAGCGACUGGGUCUGUGGUCGCCGCAAGUGUUGGUUGCUGCAGCUCCUACUGGGAAUGUCGAGAUGGCGCAAUGGAUCGAAAGACGAACAGAUACUACUGUCCAAGAGGAGCACGAGGAGGAGGUCGUACUGGUACGUGAGCGACGGGAUCGUGCAGCGACGUCCAACGCCAUCGAUUCGAUGGUAUCCGAUCUGUCAGCUGCGUCGAUCAAACGUCGAUCUUCCUAUGAUAAUCUCAGCUCGUCUGGGUGUGCGAGGCCUCUGAAUGUCGUGGACGGGAGCACGCUGUAUCGCUGUGCGUCUCUGGGCCACUUCGACAUGAUCGAGUGGCUGCUGAAGAACAAGUUGGCGUCUCCAAGUUUCGCGCUGACAAUGAAAGAGCGUGAGAUCGUACGAGGAACGCCCGACGAGGAAUCGCUGGAGAUCAGCAACGAUACUAGUGGUGCUAGUGCGUCAACGGAGCCAUCCACCACUGCUGUUACCGGUACGAACGGUACCGAACUUGGGCCUGGUACCAAUCGCAUUGCCGGAGUGCGAUCAGCUACAACAGGCAAGCGUCCUGGGUUCGACCCGUUCGCGUGGGCACUACCAGCCAAGACGAGCCCGUACUGGCAGACCAAGCUCGUCCGUCUCGCGGUUAAAUACUGUCCCGAAGCCUCAUUGAGUCUCGAGUGGAUGCCGCUGUGGGCUGCGCAGCGUGGAGAUCUCUUCGUCUUGAAGCAGCUUUACAGUGUCAAGCACCCGCAAUUGUUCACGCAUCAGACUUUUACUGCGAUCAUGCGAUACACCAGGGCCGGAGACGUGCUUCAAUGGUUCCAGACUCACAGCUCGACGCUGAUGGGCGACUCGUCUAUCGUGGAAUGGGGCGUCAAGUACCGACAGUUUCCGUACCUCGCGUACGUCUUCCUCAAGUUCCAACCCGUACGCACUGAGGAGCGAUUCCGGCAACACGGCGUGGAGUACGCACUUCACGUGGCUUGUGCAAUGGGCCACCUGGACGUGGUGACUUGGAUCUGCGGCAACUGCGAGAUUUUCCUCAAUGUGCCGGCUGCAGAGCUUCACGCGAAGCUAGGCCGACUCUCGAUCUGGAACGAGGCGUUGAUUGCUGCUGCGCGUUGCGGACAGAUCGGGAUCCUCGCGUGGCUGCACGAGAAGUUCACGUUCUUCCGUAAAGUGCCUGAAAGUUCACGUAAGAUGAAACUUGUCAAGACGAUGGCGACUAGCGCGGCCAGUUACGGUCAACUUCGGGUGUUGCGGUGGCUCCAAGCGACUGUAACUCCUCAGAUUACAGCAAAGAUGAAGGCGAAAUUAGAGUCAACCGAUGCUCCGGUAGAGGUGGAAACCAGCUUCGUGUCGACUGACGGACUGCUGCAGGCGAUGGUGAAUCGCCAUGUUGACGUGGUGCAGUGGGUUUGCGCUGUGGACAUUGAUCUCGUCAGCCGUCAAACGGCAACAAGGCGCGGAGAGCUCGCGACCUUCCUCCGGGAGGAGGCCGAAGGAUUCGUCCCGUCCAAGUUGGGAUUUGUCUUCCCGCCGCUGUGAAGCAGAGCUUGAGGAGACGAGUUUUGGAUUUUCUGCUGAAAAUGCAGAUACUUAAACGCUUUUCAGAGCGUUAUUCAUGUACAAUUAAAACAUUUACUUGAGACCUAU